AUGUUUGACCGAGAGUGCUUGUGCGCAUCGUUUCAGCGGGCGAAGAAAAAAAACGGCUGUGGCACUUGGUCCACGCCCCAAACUUCCUGCCUGGUCUAUCAGGCUGCAGGGCUCUUCACCAAGCGUUUCGACUCGCCCACCCAUCUCCGCCUCCGCCCGCCGCCCGACGCUGCCAUACAACCUCCUCAACCCUUGGCCGUCGCGACCAUCACGCCCUUUCGUCACGACGCCACGACGCCCCCGCGAACCUCAAGUAUACUCCCCCCCCGGUCGAAAGCGAACCCCGUACCAGCCGUCUUGUUUUCCUCGUUGCUGCGUUUCGUCUUCGUCGCUCGCCCACGUCAACGAGACGAAGCCGCUUACGACAAAACCCGCGACACCAUUCGACGCCCUUUCUGGUGCCAAAGUCCCAUCGACUCUUUGGCCAGACAAAGCGCCCCGUGCGGUCCAUCGCCGGCGUAUUCCCUCACGGUUAUACGCAAUUUUUUUUCCAAUCUUCAAAGGCGGCUCCGACCUAUUGACGGAAACCCUCUGCAGUCCACGCACCCCGACUCCAUGGCCGCCGCCAACGCGGCUCCCACGGGCCCGACAACCCUUCCUACGCCCGCGCACAGCGUCACCGGUAGCAUCUCCCACCAGUCCGACGCGGCUAUGGCCGACGAGUUCCCCCACAAGCGGAAACGUCCGCUCGAUGAUGUCGGUGAACGUGACCACAAGAAGGUCCAAUACGACCACAGGCUCGGCAUCGAGGAUCUGCAUCUCGAUGUUGGGCCCAAGUACAUGCUCCUCCAAAAAACUUAUGAAGACCAGUUCCCGCUCCUGACAGGGGAUCUGUACGAGCAGUUUGACUUGGCAGACCUGGCGGCAGAAGUGGCGCGUGAAAAGCCCAACGGUGAGAAGAAUGCCCUCCGCAAGACGUACAAGGGACACAUCAAGCGUCUCGGUGUCGCCGGGCACUUUGACGUGCAGAAGAAGAAGGAGGACGCGCCCUCGGAUUUCAUGGCCAUGUUGCAGGUGCCCGAUCUGGAGUGGAAUGUGCACCAGGUCAAGGGCCGUGAGAUUGGCGACGGCCUGUCCGAGGCCACGUUAAAUGGCUUGGCCCGCGCCAUGACGAUGUCCAAGGGCCCCAUUCCCCGGUCUGUCUGGGACACGUCUGUCCUCGGUGAUAUGGCCCCCCACAACGGCAACAUCAACACUACCAACGGAGAGUCGAGCAAGGCCGCCGGCCCCGCGACCGCCCGGGCGACGGCGCCAAACACACCCGCCGCCACCACGCCGUCAGCGACGAUGGCGACGGCGGCGGACCGCCCCCGGGGCAGCCUCCCGCCCGGUGCGGAUCCGCUGCGGCCGCGCCGAAACAUCAAAAAGCGGACGUAUGGCGACAGCAGCUACGAGGGCUACGGUGAGGGCUUCCCCGAUGACGACGCCGGCGCGGACACGGGCUACUCGACGGGCGAGGGCGAAGGCGGCCAGAAGCGCAGGAAAAAGGUGAAGACUGUCACUACGGCCACGGAAGGCGCGUCGUUUACUAACGGGAUGCAGCAGAACUCGGGGACCACCCCGCCCUUCCCCCCGGUACGGCAGCACAGCUACGGUCCCGGCAUGGUCGGCGCAUAG